GCACUGUGCCAUCAUUGAAAUAUUUCCGGGGAAACAAUAUAUAUCUCGUCCAGUCUUCAGCGAUCAUAAACAAAACUUAAUAUUUAUGAAAUAAUUCGGUUGCCAUCAACAAGCGAGGCUUUCGAAAGUGUUUUCUUCUACGAGGUACGCUUUUUUUUCGAAAUGUGAAGAACGAGAUUGAGCAACUUGGAUACGUGACGAUUAACUAAACAGAAAACGACGACUGGCAAUGAAGUCGAAAGGCUGUUUUUGUGUUCUUCUCAUCUUCUUCAUGAGCUUCGAUUACAUUCUUGGGAGUGCAACUUACAAGUCCUUAAUUUGGGAUCCUGAAAAUCUACUGUUUAAAAAUGAUUGCCCCUCAGGGAAGCCCAAGGUUGUCAAUGUGGAAGCUCAAUCAAAAAUCAAUUUUGUGUGUCCAAAUGUAGCCACUCUCAUGGAUUCAACUUUGGGGGAAGUUACAAAAACAAACAAGUAUGAGAAUCUUUGGCUGGUACACAACAGUGCUGCCUUCAACAGUUGUGAUGUUACCCAGGAUCCAAAGCAUUCCAUCCUCAUGCGCUGCGAAGACCCCACAUCACUUCAGUUCCGCACUGUCAUAUUCCAACGGCAUUCAGCUGAAAAUUCUCUUACUUUUCAGAAAGGAAAAUCCUAUUUCUUCAUCUCAACAUGCAAUGGAAAGUUUUCCUCGGUGAACAGCACAAAAGGAGGACACUGUAAUGGAACAGAAAGUGGUGGCUUCUUGAAAAUUGAAAUGCAUGUUUGUCAGGAUGGAGAUACUGCUUGCCUUGAGAAUGUUGGCAAGCCACAUUGCCGGAAAGAGCCUUCACCUUCUUAUUCAACAAUUCUAACACCUUCAGCAACUCUAAAACCCUCUUCAACUGUUGGAAAGGAGAUAGUGUCCACUUCAAGUGUUGUGCACACUGAGACAAGUAUUCUGCCCACCACUGUUUCUUGCAACACACAGGGAGAAUGUACUGCAACAGAAACAAAAACUGUUGCAGUUUCAUCACACACUCAGUCUCCCACUGAAGCGCGCAGUCGGUUAGGACAGAAAGGGGCUCGAGAUUCUGAAAGUGAAGAUGAUGAGAGCAGUAAGUGCAGAUUAUGUAUGUAGAUAAUGCACAUGCAAGGUUAUCUGAUAAGUCACAAAGGUAUUGAUUUCUGGACAUAAAUAUGUUCUUUCUCUUUUCUUACAGAAAAAUGGAAGAUUUGUACAAUGGUUUUAGGUGCUAUACUUUUCAUUGCUGUGAUUUUCUUUAUUGGUUACCAUUGUUUUUGGAAAAAGAAAAUGAAGUGCCCGUAUCAGUAUGACGUGAAAGUGGAACCGUCCAAUGGCUGUGGUAUGAAAAAUGAUGGUUUUAAAAGUGAGACUGAUGAUAACUCGCUUGAAAGAGGUGUCUCACCACCGGACUUCAAUGAAAAGGGUAGCCUCGAAAUAAGAAAUGGUGGCCAGGACGUGCACUAUCACAAUGGAAAUGCAGAUAUCAAGAAAGGUCUCCCCGUGUAGGCAAUCGGAGUUACAUGAGUAUCGAGAGUCGUUGAUUUUUAGUGUUAAUUUAAAGUCCUCAAGCUGUUAAUUAUUUCAAUUCUCCUAAUCCCUGGUUGAUAUGUGUUUGGAAAUUUUGAAUUGAAAUAACAUAUCAACUCUGGGAGUUGAAAGAUCGUUGAUUCUUUUAUUCAGAUAUUUUUAUUUUCUCGAUUUUUUUAAUGUAAUCGUUCACAAGAUCUCCAAUUACGUAUGUUACUUUUUUCAGAUCCAAAGUUUCAAGAAUGAUACAACUUGAUUACGUUUUUUUCUUUUAAGACUGUGGAUCGUAAUGACUAAGAUUAUAUACCCUGUGGAUUGUGAUAAAUACAUCACUACUUUUCCUACUAGAGGCAUUGCUCUGGUAUUCAUAGCCUGAACACGUUUGGUGAUGAUGAGAAUUUUAAAAAUUCAGUUCUUACUACCUGAUUUUACAUUUUCUAAAACUGCAAAUAGAUGAAGUUGUGAUGUUCAUGUGAUAAAGUUUUAUUAGUUGAUAGGCUUCUAAAGCCAUUGUAGAGUGAGCAAAUAUCAUCUACAGGUAUGUCGCAAUGAAAAAAAAACUGCAAAUUAUGUAAGGGGAUUUACAUAGAUACAAAAAAUAGAAUUUCAAAGAACUUUUUUGACUCCUAGAACCGCAUCUGAUAUAAGAAAAGAGAGCAGAUAUAUUUUGAAAUAAAUGAAAUGGCAAAGAGAUAUGAAAUACCAGAACACUUUGUACCUGUAUGUGAAGGAAGAAUUGUUGAAGACAAGAAGAUUGAUGUGGAUAUGUAAUUUAUAGAUAGCGGAGUGUUCUGUAGACAGGAUUGAAUCGUUCAUCAAACAUAGAAGUUUUCCGCCAUACAUUCCCAAUCGCAUGUAACGUUGUCCUCUGUAGAUUAGUAAAUGGGCUGGCGUUAAAUUACUUUUGUAGAGAUGCCAUGGAGAACUUUGUACAUAAUAAAGCAUAUGCAUUUUAUUGCUGAA